UAACGUCAAUCAACAAAAAAAUAAGGCGAAGAGAAGAGAGUUGCAUGUGGCCACUAGUUCUACUAUGGAAUUAGGUACGAAAACUAAAGAACUUAAUUGAAGAGUGGGUUGGUAGGAGAAGAAGCCCAAGUGCACACAAACUGAAAUUAAGGGACCCAUAUCACAUAAAACUGACGUACCAAAAAUGAAAUACCUGAACUUUACCUAUCAAACACGAAUCAUAUUAUAGGAAUUAAUUAUUGAUGGAAAAUUAAAGUACAAAAAACCAAAAAUAUAUAAUAAAAUUAAAAAAAAAAAUAAAAAAUCAGAGAGAGUGUGAAGACUAAAGAAUCGUACGAUCAACUUCAGUUCUCAGAACUCCGCCAUUAAAGCAUCUCUGACAAAGCUUUAGAUAUUAGAACCUCGGUAUAUAUUCAUCCACGAUUUUCACAUUACGGUUCUUCACUUAAAAGAAUUUUCUGUUUUUGUGACCUUGCCUCUCUGAGUGGCUGUCAACAUGAGUACCACAUGCACUGAUGAGCGAGAAGAAGGUACUGUAGUAGGAUUUGAAACUCCUGAUUCGCCUAGUUCAAGUUAUAGCAGUGUAUACCCUGGAAAUGAAGAUGAAGCACGUGAACCACCUGUUGUCCCUCCCCACUUGCAGCAUACCCUGUUAAGUUGUCCUCCAAGUAGAGAAACCUCUGGUACACUUCCCCUGCCUCAAAACGUGAUUGUAAAUCAUCUUUACAUCGAAAACAGGGAGGCUCCAAGAUCUGUUGUGGCGCUUGGUUUUACUCAUCGCUUCCGGUCAAAGUUUGUCACAGUUGUUCUUUACAAGCCUGUCCCAAGAAGGGGGAGCAAUGCUUGAUGUAUAGCCAGAAAUUAGUUAUUCAAUUAGGUAUUGCCCAUUUUGCCUCGAUUUAAUGUGGACUAAUCUGAAAUUUUCUUCAGGGAAAUUACCUUUGUGGUUUAUUGCCUGGUAAUCAAAAACUUCCAUAUCUAGGAUUGUUCCGCCACACCGCCUCUGCAUUGCCUAAGAUUAUUUGGUUAGCAUCAUAUACAAUGUUCUAGUAGAUGAAGAAUUUAUUGGCAGCUUUAGAUGUUGUACCUAUUAAAGGGAGCUGACCACUUGUUUAUAUGUUUCUCGAUGUCAUGAUACCGUUUCGUGAUUGACAUUGAGAUUGUGUUUGGUUCUUCUUUGGUUGAUGAUGGGAUUUGGAAUGACUUCAUUAAUCCACAGAUAAAUAUUUUGAAGAAUUCAACAUGACACUAAUUUACUAUUGUCUGAGGUGAUUAAAUAGCUAGAUUUUUCUGAGUAAA